UUGGAGAACAGUCAGUUCCAGUACUGAUGCCACUCCCUCCCACUUGGGAUCCACAAAAUCUCCAGCUCAAAGUCCAAUUCUGCAUUCCCCACAUUGCAACACUCACACAAAGAUCCCCACCACAGUGCACUGGCGAGGAGAGGCUCGGAAACUCAGAAUCAGCAACAUGGAGUUGAUUGAGGAUUUCUCCCGUCCACCACUGGUGCCUGUGAAGGGCAUCCCACUCAUCAAAUAUUUUGCAGAGGCUAUUGGGCCAUUGCAGAACAUGACAGCCUGGCCUGAUGACUUGCUUAUCAGCACAUACCCAAAGUCUGGUACUACCUGGAUGAGUGAGAUCCUGGACAUGAUCUACCAGGACGGCAAACUAGAAAAGUGUCGCCGGGCCCCCAUCUAUGCCCGGGUGCCCUUCCUUGAGUUCAGGUGCCCAGGAGUUCCCUCAGGUCUUGAAUCUUUGGAAGAGACACCAGCCCCACGGCUCAUUAAGACACAUCUGCCCCUGUCCUUACUCCCUCGGAGUCUGCUGGAUCAGAAGAUCAAGGUGAUCUACAUUGCUCGAAAUCCAAAGGAUGUGGUUGUCUCCUAUUAUAAUUUCUACAACAUGGCCAAGGUACACCCUGAUCCAGGCACCUGGGAGAGCUUCCUGGAGAACUUCAUGGAAGGGAAAGUGUCCUAUGGGUCGUGGUUCCAGCACGUGAAGGAGUGGUGGGAACUGUCCCACACUCACCCUGUUCUCUAUCUCUUCUAUGAAGACAUGAAGGAGAACCCCAAACGGGAGAUCAAGAAGGUCUUAGAGUUUUUGGGGCGCUCUCUGCCUGAGGAGACUGUGGAUCUCAUUGUUCAUCACACAUCCUUCAAGAAAAUGAAGGAGAACCCCAUGGCUAACUACACCACUCUCCCCUCUGAAAUCAUGGACCAUGGUGUUUCUCCCUUCAUGAGGAAAGGUACCAUUGGGGACUGGAAAAACACCUUCACUGUAGCCCAGAAUGAGCGCUUUGAUGCCCAUUACGCUAAGAUGAUGAAAGGCUGUAACCUCAAGUUCCGUUGCAUCUGAAAUCUGAGCUAGGAGAAUGAAUGGGACUGAGGACAUAUCUGAACGAAGAUGAUUUUAUCAACAUGUGUCAGGAAAGCAAUGGAUCCGAGCACGGAAGAGGAACCCAAACACGCAAAAAAACAGAAGACAAACUGUAUUUUACCUGAAAAAAUAAAUGCCCUGGUAGCUGA